GUUCAUCUGUCCGUCAGUCACAGAACAUCAUGUCUCGAUCAGUCCUGAACUUCAUCUUCAUCCUCCUCCUCCUCUGCAGAUCCUGCGACUCCAGCCGCAAACUUCUGCUCUUUCUCAUCGAUGGUUUCAGGUACGAUUAUACAGACGAUCUACAAAACCUGGGAGGAUUCAGAGAGAUCGUGGAAAACGGUGUGAAAGUGGAUUACAUGACUCCAGAUUUCCCCAGUCUGUCCUAUCCAAACUAUUAUUCUCUAAUGACAGGGCGUUUCUGUGACGUGCAUCAGAUGACGGGGAAUUACAUGUGGGAUAAAGACUCCAUGAAGGAAUUCUUGAUCGGGAUGAAUGUGGACAGCCGUUUGCCUCUGUGGUGGGACGGUUCAGAGCCGCUGUGGGUGACCGGGCAGAAACUGGGAAAGAGAGUCUACAUGUACUUCUGGCCCGGCUGUGAAGUAACGAUUCUUGGUGUGAGACCUUCAUUCUGUGAGGAAUAUGUGUAUAACCCAUCAGAGAAGAACCUGACAGACGCGAUGGAGAACGCUCUCAACAUGUUGAAGAGUAAUAAAGCAGAUUUGGCUGCGAUAUAUUAUGAGAAGAUUGAUGUAGAAGGUCAUCAUCACGGUCCUCGUUCUCCACAGAUCAAGAGUGCCGUGCACUCACUGGACCAGGCUCUUCAAUACCUCAACCGUAUAAUCAAGGAGAAGAGCAUGAGAGAUGAGAUAAAUGUGGUGAUGUUUUCUGAUCACGGUAUGACCGAGCUCAAGUGGAUGGAGAAUGUCAUCGAGCUGGACAAAUACACCUCCAUGUCAAACAUCAUUAAAAUGAUGGACAGAGGGCCGGUGGUCAGCCUGUGGCCCAAACAAGACAAGUUUGAGGAGGUAUAUCAAAAUCUGAGCAAAGUGAACAACAUGAAUGUUUAUAAGAAGCAAGAGAUUCCAGACCGAUAUCACUACAGGAACGGGAGAUUCGUCUCGACACUGACGCUCGUGGCAGAGCCCGGAUGGUUCAUCACUGAGAAUAAAGGCAAACUGCCCUUCUGGAAAAACAGCACAGGGGGGGCAGAAGGUUGGCAACACGGCUGGCACGGUUAUGAUAAUGAGUUUAUAGACAUGAGAGGAUUCUUUCUGGCACAGGGACCAGACUUCAAGACAAAUUUCCGGGCUGGUCCCAUUCGAUCAGUAGAUGUGUAUAAUAUUUUAUGCAGGACGCUGGGGAUUGAACCUCUGCCCAACAACGGCUCGUGGUCCAGGGUGGAGAGUAUGUUAAGAAGCUCAACAGACGUCACACGACCCGCUCUGAUCUACAGCUUGCUUCUGUCAUUACUGCUGCUCAUGCAGUCUGAAAUCUUCUAGAUGAAUCCACAGCGGCUUCUGAAGGACUCAUUCACUUUGAUAGCAUUGUAAAGAUCAUCAGACUGAAGAGAGCAAAUCUAAAACAUGUUAUAUUUUAUGGUGUUAAUGCAAGCAAUGGUAUCAAAUCGUAUUAUAUUGUAUUGUAUUGUCAUUGUGUUGAAUGUCUGUACUAGAAGCUUCCAACACCAAAGAAAAUUCCUUGUGUGUGCAAGCACACUUGGCAAUAAAGCUCUUCUGAUUCUGA